AUGACAGAGCUGAUGCUGAGGAUGACGGUACAACCUGCAACAGGUGUGACGGUGCAACCUGCAUCAGGUGUGACGGUACAACCUGCAACAGGUGUGACGGUACAACCUGCAACAGGUGUGACGGUACAACCUUCAACAGGUGUGACGGUACAACCUGCAACAGGUGUGACGGUAAAACCUACAACAGGUGUGACGGUAAAACCUACAACAGGUGUGACGGUAAAACCUACAACAGGUGUGACGGUACAACCUACAACAGGUGUGACGGUACAGCCUACAACAGGUGUGACGGUACAACCUACAACAGGUGUGACGGUACAGCCUACAACAGGUGUGACGGUAAAACCUACAACAGGUGUGACGGUACAACCUACAACAGGUGUGACGGUACAACCUUCAACAGGUGUGAUGGUACAACCUACAACAGGUGUGACGGUACAGCCUACAACAGGUGUGACGGUACAACCUACAACAGGUGUGACGGUACAACUUACAACAGGAAGUGAGGACGAGGACGAGGACGAGGACGAGGACGAGGACGAGGACAAGGACGAGGACGAGGACGAGGACUGA